UGGCUGAAGAACUCUAGCGUCCAUUUCGUCAUGGGAACCAGCCCUCCCUAAAACACACAGCCCUCCAGCGAGGAAUAGCUUAAAGCUCCUCCUCGUACUUUCACCUGCUCAUUCAUACUGGUAUCAAGCUCUUCACUUUUCGGACGUAGAGAAACCAAUUCCUAAACGAGGAAAAACCUAGUAUUAUUAGUAUUACAGCGUCAAGCUAUCUUCACGUUUUCUUGAGUAUCACAGGUAAAUUCGAGAGGAAGAAAUAUUUCGAAGGAUGGAUUCGACUGCCCGGUUCUUGUUUUCCCUCGCCACUGCUGCUACGUUUCUACAAGUUCAUAGCACAGUAACUGUGAUAGGCUUGUACGGAGAGACGAUCGAAGUGCCGUGCAAUAAUGGAGCUGCCAAGCCAGAGGCUCUUAUCUUCACUAAAUGGAAAUAUAAGAUGGAUGACGGCAACUCCGGAGACCUCCUGGUCAAGCAGGCGCACAAGGAGGAGGCCCAGAUCCAGGCCAUGGACGGCUACAAGGACCGAGUGAGCAUCGCGGCCAACUCCAGCCUCAUGAUCCAGGGGGGUUCCCUGGUGGACCAGAGAACCUUCACCUGCAUGGUUGUGUACGGCUCCAACCUGGACGAGCACCCUGUCGACGUCUUGGUCCACAAGAAGCCGUUGCCACCACAGAUAAAAGACAAAGCCAAAGAGCUGGAGAACGGCAAACUGACGUCGCUAGGUGUGUGUAUGGCCGCAGAUGCAAACCCCGCCGCCGUGAUCAUGUGGUCCAAAAACGGCAAGCUGCUGGCGGCUGAUGGAAAGACCAUCAUCAUCACGCCCAGUGUGAAGAUGGAUCCGUCGACGGGCCUGUCCACUACCACGUCCGGUCUGCAGUACACAGCAGUGAAAAGCGACGUGGGAGCCAAUUUCACUUGCACCGCCAAACACAGCCUGGAAACACAGGUGUCCGCUCCCGAGACCUUCAUCAUUCACUAUCCAACAGAGAAGAUGAGCCUCCAGGUGCUGGCGAAGGCUCCCAUCAGAGAGGGCGACAACGUGACGUUGAAGUGCAAGGCGGACGGCAACCCUCCUCCAACCAGCUUCUACUUCAGCAUCAAGGGCCAGAAAGUGACGGUGAAAGAUUCCGACAACUUCACUCUGACUGCCGUUACGCGCAACAGCACCGGAGACUACAAGUGCUCGCUGGUCGACGAUGACAAAAUGGAGGCCUCGGAAAAGGUUGUCGUGAGCUACUUGGAUCUCAGUCUCAGCCCAACAGGAAAGGUCCUUAAGAUGGUCAGGGACACCUUGCUGGUGAAAAUGGAGCAGGACGCCUCCGGCGAUGCUAAAGUGUCAUGGACCAAGGACGACAGAAAGCUGGACGAAGCGCCUAGGCUUGAAAAUGUGACGUACGCUGAUGCAGGGUUCUACGUUUGUGAGGUGUCCGUUGCAGGCAUCAAGCGCAGCCAGUCCUUCCAACUGGUAGUAGAAGGCACACCAGUCAUCAAGAAGAUGACUGAGCACCGUAGCGAGGAUGGCAGACACAAAGUUCUGACCUGCGAGGCUGAGGGCGUGCCCCGGCCCAGUGUCCAGUGGAGCGUCAACGGCACAAAUGAGGAGAAUUCCUAUAUCAAUGGCAAGGCAACUCACAAGAUCACGGUGGUGCCCACAGGAAACCUGACCGUCACCUGCAUUGCCACCAACAAGCUGGGAAAUCACUUCAUGGCCCUCAACGUCUCCUCCUUAAUUAUGGACGAAAAAAUGCCAGGAAAAGGGGCACAGGACGGCAGUUCGGACCAGGCUUUAUGGAUUGUGAUCUUUGUUGUUGUGCUCAUCAUAGCUGCUGCUGUUGUGGGGCUGGCCUAUUGGCUUUACAUGAAAUCAAGACAAGGGACCUGGAAAACAGGAGAGAAGGAAGCCGGAACGUCCGAAGAGAGCAAGAAACUGGAGGAGUGCACGGCUAAGGUGUAGAGACAGCCGGGCUGUACUCGAGAGACGAAGAAGGAAAUAAGUAGAAGAAAGAGGCCUUGACCUUUGGAACGACUCCGAAACGAAGGCAUUUGAUUGGCUUCCAAAUGAGCAGCAUGUAUUGCAGAAUGCUUCCUAAUCCAGAUGAACAGUCCCACCCACCGACCCACAGUCUCAGAGGAAGAAAAGAUAAACAUUUUGUGUUGUUAAUUGAUAUUCAGUCAGCACUGAAGACUGCUUCUCAUUUUCUUUUUGUGUUCCUGGUGAAUGCGCAAUUGUCUAGCGUGUCGUGAUGGUGUGGUGGGUUUGAGUCUUUUUUUUUUUCUGUUUUAAUUUAGUAAAAUAAUGUCAAAUUCACUGUACACUUUUUAGGUGAGCUAGCUGCUCUACACUGCUGUUACCCCUCUGUUCCUCGAGGUUACAUUUCAAAUCGUUGCACUCGAUUUUUUUGAAGCUGCACCUUUUUUUUGUUACUCCCAUAAACAUUCUUUGUUAUCCCCCUGGGGGAAUGUGGCAAAUGGAAAUAUCUGGACAUUUUUCUUUUAGUGUCGCUGCCAAUUGCAAGUCUCACCAAUUCAAUUAUUGGGGCUACACUUUUUGUUGUGCUGGACAAUCAGAAAUUGGCUGAAUCACAAAUACGAGUUUUAUUUUAGUGCAACUUGUCUUCAUUGGGUCUCACUUACUAGCUACAAACUAAAUAAGGUGAGGCAAAUGCCUCAUCCCAAUUUCUAAGAUACAGAAUAAUAUAUAUAUAUAUAUUAUGACUCAGUUGGUUGUCGGUGUAAGUUUGGAACCAACAAACUGAAUGCCGCUAGCCUCAAACAUCACAAAAUGCAAAUCAGCUCACUUUUAUCUAAUUGGUUGAUGGAGUAACCAUGCAAGACAUUUGCAGGUCAGAUUUGCCAGCCGUUCUGCACAAAAAUGUAGCUACCCUUUUUGUUUUUCUGAAAUGUUUUGCCCGACUUGAGUUACACAUGUUGUGAACUGUUGUUAUAAAUGGAGCAUUCUGACGAAUCUGCUGACAUUGCUCCCUCUUACCUGUUAAAUCAGAUAUAGUCAUAACACUAAUAUAUUUUUGAUUGUGCAUCUCUCUCAGUUUUCAGUUAAAACGGUGUUGUUGUCAUCUCUGUUAUUGUUUCCCUCUCCGGUGUCAUACUGUAGUGAAAGGCCAUUUACUAGUGUAGUUAUUCAUGGUUCUGUUUUGCCGUUUUAAGGGGGUUCACUGUAAAUACGUCGGGUGUGAAUGUCCAGCGUGUGUUUUGCUCUAUUUAUACUGUGUGAGACAUGUCAGGUGAGCUGCACUUCGGCAUGUCUACUAGUACCACCCAUAAUACAUUCUGAUUUCAACCUCGAACGUUCAUUAUUUAAACUGUUGAAAAUGUACUUUAUGGUGGAAUGAGAGUUACAUAAAACAGAGAUUUUUUUGUGUGUUUUGGUUUUCUUUUUAGGGUCUGAAGGACUGUAAUUGAAACAGUGAGGAUGAUGGUAAAAGUAUGAUAGGAAAGUUGUGUUUCCAUGCAUUUAGUUCAUUUAGUAUAAUCAGGUCAACAAACCAAAGAGGGUAAGAUGAGAAGGCCAAAAAGGUAUUGUGAAUACUGAAUUUUGUACUUUUGUUGAGAAUAAAGUGAACAUUUUUAAGUAGUGUUUUUUUUUCUUUCAAGGUAUGUCAGCACCAAUUUAAACAAAAACACAUUUCCAUCAUGCUUUGUUGUUUCAGAUUUUUGCUGUAAUGAAAAGCACUAUACAAAUUAAAUGUAUUAAAGCUA